AUGAUCUUACAUGCCACUACAACUUUCUCUAGACAUCCUGUGGUAAAAAUACCAGAAGCAACCAAAUGGAGCUCAAUGAGAAGGCAGCUGGGAAAAGAUACAUGCAGAACCGGUAACCCUAUUGAUGAUUGUUGGAGAUGCGACCCUGAUUGGCAAACCAACAGAAAAAUGCUAGCUGAUUGCGCAAUUGGGUUCGGACGCAAUGCUGUGGGGGGACGAGAUGGCAACCUCUACGUAGUAACUGAUUCUGACAACGAUGACCCUGUAAACCCAAUUCCAGGCACACUCCGCUAUGGUGUCAUCCAAGAGGAACCUCUCUGGAUCAUCUUUGAUCAGGACAUGGUUAUCAACUUGAAGGAAGAACUUGUCAUGAAUUCACACAAGACAAUAGACGGUCGGGGGCAUAACAUCCAGAUAGCGGAUGGUCCUUGCAUAACCAUUCAUAACGUCAGCAACAUUAUUAUACAUAACAUCUACAUACAUGGCUGUGUACCAGGUGGAAACGCCUUAGUAAGAGACUCCACAAAGCAUUAUGGUUUGAGAGGUAAGUCGGAUGGGGAUGGGAUAACGAUAUAUGCAGCCAGGGAUGUUUGGAUUGAUCAUUGUACACUAGCUAACUGCCAAGAUGGACUGAUAGAUGCUGUAUUUGGCUCAACAUCUAUAACAAUCUCGAACAACUACAUGUUCAAUCAUAAUGAAGUUAUGCUUAUGGGUCAUAAUGAUGAUUUCCUCGAUGACAAGAACAUGCAAGUCACAAUUGCCUUCAAUUUUUUUGGUGAAAAUCUGGUUCAAAGAAUACCUAGAUGCAGGCAUGGUUAUUUUCACAUUGUGAAUAACAUAUAUACUGGUUGGGAGAAGUACGCAAUUGGUGGUAGUGCCAAUCCAACAAUCAACAGCCAAGGGAAUAUUUUUAUGGCAUCAGACAACAAUGACACAAAGGAGGUGACUUGGCAUGACAACUUGACUGGAUACGAGUGGAAAAGUUGGAACUGGAGAUCAGAUGGAGACAUGAUGCUCAACGGUGCUUUCUUCACACCUUCUGGCCAGAAAAGUCCUGCAAGCUACAUAAAAGCAUCAAGCAUGGUAGCAAGACCAGCUUCCUAUUUAACUAACAUGUCUCCGCAGGCCGGAGCACUUAAUUGUCAGAUGGAAUCAUCCCAGCUAAAAAAUGAGGAUGGGGAUGCAGAACUUAUGAACAAAAGACUUACGAAAUAUGCAAAGCAGCUACAUCACGAGACAACAAUGCAGCAACGGGAUCAUAACCAUCCUGAGAGCACAGUUGUAGUAGCCAUGUCCAAGGCAGACCCAACACCCACCAACCCACUCAAAAUGACCCCGACUUCAUACAAGGACCUUGAACCCGACUCGUCAUUAACCAACGGACCCUCUGCAUUUGCCGGUGGCAAACUCGCUGUAGACGGGCUCGUAGUAGGGCUACUACUGGAAGGGAAAACCAUGGGGGCCUCCCCUGGCGUCGCAGAACUUGACGGAAUGUUUCCAGAUGCCUCCGGAGUCGCUGCUCUAGUAACCGGACCCUCUGACAUUGGCGGAGCCCCCAGUGGUGCAAAUGCUGGUGACAAAACCGGAGGGGAGCCACUUGGAGAUGUGGCAGCGGCAUUUGGUGAGGGCGUUGCCGGGGCGAUAGCCGGAGAUUUUGAAGGGGAGACUGUAGGACUUGGUGGGGACGUGGAUAUUGGAGAUGUAGCAGGAGAUUUUGAAGGGGAGACGGUAGGACUUGGUGGGGACGUGGAUAUUGGAGAUGUAGCCGGAGAUUUUGAAGGGGAGACGGUAGGACUUCGUGGGGACGUGGAUAUUGGAGAUGUAGCCGGAGAUUUUGAAGGGGACACGGCAGGAAUCGGUGGGGAAGUGGAUGGAGAUGUAGCCGGAGAUUUUGAAGGGGACGACGAUUUAGGACUUGGGGUAAAUGAAGUUGUGGAUGGAGAAGGAGAAGUAUUAGAGGGUGGUGUUGGAGUUGAUGAGGAUGCGGGUGAUGGC